ACAAAAAUGCCAUCCGAGAUUCAAUUGGGUUCCCACACCAUAAGGUCUCAUGGAUACCAAGUAGCCAGGUUUCACAUGCAUGAUUGGCUUAUUCUUUUGCUGCUUGUGGUGAUAGAGGUCGUUCUUAAUGUGAUUGAACCAUUUCACCGGUUUGUUGGAGAAGAUAUGAUGACAGACCUGAAAUACCCUUUGCAAGACAACACUAUUCCGUUUUGGGCUGUUCCGAUAAUUGCAAUCAUAUUGCCUUUCAUUGUCAUCGUCGUCUUCUACUUCAUACGACGAGAUGUCUAUGAUUUACACCAAGCUGCGUUAGGCCUGCUCUUUUCGGUGCUUAUAUCUGGUGUUCUUACUGAUGCAAUUAAAGAUGCUGUUGGUCGACCUCGACCAGACUUCUUUUGGCGCUGCUUCCCUGAUGGUAAAGGGGUGUUUCAUAAUGUGACGGGGGAUGUCAUGUGUACUGGAGUGAGUAGUAUCAUAAAAGAAGGUCAUAAAAGUUUUCCGAGCGGACAUACCUCAUGUGAGUAUAACCUAUCAACGACUUACAUCAGUGCUCUC